CGGUCCCCUGUCUCAGUCUCGCCUGCUUAGAGGUGGGUUGCCGACUAUCCAAUAACCGCGCUCUGUAUUGGUCACGGUCGUUUCGCAUUGAGCCAAUCGGCGUCACCCUAUUUACAACAUGGCGGCGUUCUUGGGUCUGGUACUUGCUUGGUCCCGCCAUGUUGGCCUUCAUUUCAGCCCGCCAGGCCGGUCUCGACGAUCCGCUGCGGUUGCGCCGGGCUGAGUCCACCCGGAGGGUACUAAGCUUGGAGCUAAACAAAGAUAGAGAUGUGGAAAGAAUCCAUGGGAGUGGUGUUAACACCCUGGAUAUUGAACCUGUUGAAGGAAGAUACAUGUUAUCAGGUGGAUCAGAUGGUGUUAUUGUACUUUAUGACCUUGAAAACUUCAGCAGAAAACCAUGUUAUACAUGUAAAGCAAUUUGCUCUGUGGGCAGGAGCCAUCCUGAUGUACACAAGUUCAGCGUAGAGACAGUUCAAUGGUACCCUCGUGACACUGGCAUAUUUACAUCAAGCUCAUUUGAUAAAACAUUGAAAAUAUGGGAUACAAACACAUUACAACCUGCAGAUGUGUUUAAUUUUGAGGGAACAGUUUAUAGCCAUCAUAUGUCUCCAGUUGCUACCAAGCACUGCUUAAUAGCAGUUGGUACCAAAAGCCCCAAAGUACAGCUUUGUGACUUGAAGUCUGGAUCCUGUUCUCAAAUUCUGCAGGGUCACAGACAGGAAGUGCUGGCAGUGGCCUGGUCCCCGCGUUAUGAGUAUGUCUUGGCAACUGCAAGUGCUGACAGUAGAGUAAAACUCUGGGAUGUAAGGAGAGCAUCUGGAUGUCUGAUUACUCUUGAUCAGUACAAUGGAGAGAAGUCAAAAGCAUCCUCUGAAGCAGCAAACACUGCUCACAAUGGAAGAGUUAAUGGCUUAUGCUUUACAAGUGAUGGGCUUCAUCUUCUGACUAUUGGCACAGAUGACCGUAUGAGACUCUGGAAUAGUUCCAGUGGGGAAAACACACUGGUGAACUAUGGGAAAGUCUGUAAUGAAAGCAGAAAAGGACUUAAAUUCACCACCUCUACUGGCUGUGAUCCAGAAUUUGCAUUUGUACCAUAUGAUAGCACCAUUGCUGUUUAUACAAUCUACUCAGGAGAACUGAUAACUAUGCUUAGGGGACAUUAUAAUACUGUUGAUUGCUGUGUAUUUCAGACUAAUUUUCAGCAACACUUACAUCCAGCAUUUGAAGAUGGAUGGAGCAGCAGUGAUGAUGAAGGAUGAAUCUCAAUUAGCUGUUGAUAUAAAGCUGACAUUCAUGCACCAUGUUUGUGAAGAAAGGACUUUUUCUGCAGAAUUGAACAAGUAUUUGUCAUCAGCUUCUUUUGUAGAGUUGCUUAGAGCUCAGGCGUUCAGAAAUGAGAUUUUCUUAUAAAGUUACUUUCUUGUACUGUCUUAAUGUUUCCUCUGUGUUGUUACUAUAUUUUGAACUAGUAUUCUUUUAUUUCACCUGGCCUUCUCACUCUCUUCCCACCCACCCCCAAACUUUAGGCAAAGCAAUUUGUUAUAUUGUACCUAGUUGUUGAGCUGACUAUUAAGAAAAGCAAAAUUUCUGAUCAUCAGAUGCUAGUACAACCCAUCUCUCUUCUUGUGUCACUAAAAUAGUGAGGCCUGACGAUUCCUUCUAUUUUCAGGGACUCUAAAUUGGGCAGAUUGGGACAAGAUGAGUGUGGAGAGGAGCUAGGGUGUGUAAAUCCCAGUUCCUUUGUAUUAUCCCCAUUUUACAGAUGCCUCUCCAUGGGUGCAUUAUGGAAUCCAGCUUUCUCAAUUAGAAGGAAGCAAGGCUGGUAUUCUCUAUCUAGGUAUUUAUAUAGCCCCCAUCAAUUUAAUAUCUGACUCCAUCCCAGGUAUUUAAAAGUAGAAGCAAAGUACAUGGAAUAGGAUCUUACUGGUCCUUUUAACAUGAUCACAAGAUCAGUGGGCAUCCUCUGCUGCAUGAAACCCCCACAAGUGGAGGGGAAAAUUCAUGGAUAGCAGCAGGCAAACACUGAAUGGGGACUUGGCUUCUGUGACAGCCAAAGAGUCAGGAUGAGGAGGAGAAAGGGAAAGCUAGUGCUGAGUCACUGGGCCUCUGCCAGUGUGCUGUGACUUACGAGGUUGAACCUCCUGCAUGUUCUGGGUGCGCAAGACCAGCUCUCCCUUUCUUAUCAAGAUUAUUUAGAGGAAUCUCAGCAAGCUGAGAGUCUCCUGUCUCUGCUGGGUGUGUUUUUUCCCUCUUCAGUUAUAAUGUAGCCUUCUAGAUUUAACAAGUCUCAAUGUUAAAUCUGACUGAAACCUGGUGGAAUAGUACUCAUGACUGGAGCACGGGUAUUGAAGGCUAUGUGCUGUUUAGAAAAGACAAGA